AUGGUGACCAUGCACAUGACAGCAACGGUCUAUUUCCAGGCCAGGCUAUCAGCCAAGGAUGACCCCCUCGUUACCAGGACGGCAGGUGUGGUGGUCCAACCAGGUCUGCUGCUGGGGGCUCUGGGGGUCAGAGCUGCUAAGAGUCCUUGUUCUCCUUCUGAGAGGAGGAUCAGUAGGAGCACCCAGUCAUGUGGCUCCUUCUCCAUCACUCCUUUCACCACCAGCAAGGAGAACCUUCCGGUCCUCAACACACGCAUCAUCUGCCCUGGUCUGCGUGCUGGUCUGGCUGCCUCCAUAGCAGGAAGCUCUAUCAUUAGUAAGAUGCUGUUAGCCAACAUUGACCCCUUUGGAGCGACGCCCUUCAUCGAUCCAGACCUGGACUCACUAGAGGGCUACAUGGAAAAGUGUGUGAUGAACAACUACUUUGGCAUCGGCCUCGACGCCAAGAUCUCCCUGGAGUUCAACAACAAGAGAGAAGAGCACCCUGAGAAAUGCAGGAGUCGCACCAAGAACAUGAUGUGGUAUGGGGUUCUGGGCACCAAGGAACUUCUUCAGAGAACCUACAAGAACCUGGAGCAGAAAGUCCAGUUAGAGUGUGAUGGGCAGUACAUCCCCCUGCCUAGUCUCCAGGGGAUCGCAGUGCUCAACAUCCCAAGCUACGCCGGCGGGACCAACUUCUGGGGCGGAACCAAGGAGGAUGACAUCUUCUGUGCGCCGUCAUUUGACGAUAAGAUUCUGGAAGUCGUCGCCGUGUUCGGGAGCAUGCAGAUGGCUGUGUCCAGAGUCAUCAAGCUGCAGCAUCACCGCAUCGCGCAGUGUCGCACGGUGAAGAUCACCAUCUUGGGAGACGAGGGGGUCCCCAUCCAGGUGGACGGGGAGGCGUGGAUCCAGCCCCCCGGAGUCAUCAAGAUCCAGCAUAAGAACCGAGCCCAGAUGCUGACCAGGGACCGGGCAUUCGAGAACACCCUGAAGUCAUGGGAGGAUAAACUGAAGUAUGACAAGCCCCCCAUCCGCCCCCACCUCUACCCUCAGCAGUCUGUCGACCUGGCAACAGAGGAGGAGGCUGCCCUCAUACAGCUGUGUGCCCGUGCUGCCGAAGAGCUCAUCACCAGGAUCUGUGAGGCAGCCAAGACCAAUGGGCUUCUAGAACAGGAGCUGGCUCACGCUGUCAACGCCUCCUCUCACGCCAUCAACAAGACACACCCCAAGUUCCCAGAGAGUCUGACCAGGAACACGGCUAUAGAGGUGGCCAGUAACGUCAAAGCCCUCCACAACGAGACCGAGUCGCUGCUGGUGGGCCGAGUCUCUCUGCAACUGGAGCCCACGGACGAGGAGGCGCUGUCCGGCGCUCUGCAGAGUGUGGAGAUGGAGCUGGCCAAGCUGGGAGAGAUCCCCUGGCUCUACCACAUACUGCAGCCCAACGACGAGGAGGAACACUCUCUGGAGUAUGGCAAGAGGAACAGCCGCAGUAGCAUGUUCCGAAUUGUGCCAAAGUUCAAGAAGGAGAAAGCCACCAAGAAGACCAGCCCCCAGUCAGUGGAGAGGUGGGGCACAGAGGAGGUGGGCAUCUGGCUGGAGCAGCUGAGCCUGGGGGAGUACAGAGACAGCUUCACCCGCCACGACAUCCGAGGCUCCGAGCUCCUCCACCUCGAGAGAAGGGACCUGAAGGAUCUGGGGAUAUCGAAAGUGGGUCAUAUGAAGAGAAUUCUCCAGGGAACUAAGGACCUUGCCAAGACCACCUUUACUGACCUCUAAUGCGGGCACAGAUGAAUCCGGAGCGGGGGAAAACGCCCGUCAUCCACCACAGAAGAUGAGUUUGGGGACUCCUGAGACAGUGGAAGUGAGAAUUAAGUAUGCAACGAUCGAUGGACUUGAUCCAUCUGUCGAGAAAGCUUUAGAGAGGCAGAGAACCGAAGGGUUCUGUGUGACAUUGUGUGUGUGGUGCCAAAACGUUGGUCUGCUAAGUGCAUAGGUCUUAGGAAGUCAUGGAUCUUUACUAAAAGCCAUUCCUAACACAUUUCUACUCAUGGCACAAUCAGGUAUGCAACUAAAUUGCCGGUAACAGUUGGUUUGCCUCCUGACCUCGUAGACGGCAGAGUGUAAGUAGCAAAACCAGGACUUCCAAUGAGUGUUCCCAUGUGGGUUUAGUGUACAGGGCGGUAUACAGUAGUUCAGUAGCGUUCAGUGCUGUGUGGCUUUGUGAAUGCUUCCUGAAACACUGCUUAACAGUAGGUGGUUAAAGACGUUAAGCCAAGUGAAGGGGUCUCCAGAAAACUGUGAGACGGGGGUGCAUGCCACGCUCGCUCCAUGAGUUUGAAUAUCUGUUUUCUUUGCAUGAUCGGUGUCUUGAUUUGUGUGUGCAAAAUAACACUUGAACAAGUUUUUUUGUUUUUUUUUAUGACUUAAGUAUUAUUAUUAUGCCAUUUGUUACUACUGAAAGCAUUAUUUUGAUUUAAAUCUACCGUUUAUACUCUUUUAUUUAUUGGUUUGCAUGAUCAUUCUGUAUCAAGGAUGUGCCAUAUUUUCAAAGUCAUAUAAUGUAAAAGAGUGCUUAAGGAAAUCAUAAGAACUUUAAAUGCAGUUGGUAGAUGAGUUAUGAGUAUUAGGAGUUUGUAAUGGUCUAUUGCUGACAACUUUGUUGACGUAAAAUCAGUACCAAAGUGAAUGUCCAGGACACUUCCAAAGUUCCACUAGUAGAUUUGUAGUGGAGGAUUAGUAGAUAAUGUAAUAGUUACUUCAAGUUGGUAGGACCCAUAGGUAUAUAAUUACAAUGAGUUAAUUAGGAUUCAAUUCAAUAGGAAAGGUUGUUUUAACAAAGUCAUUUUAGGAGCAAUAUACCUAAUAGGCACCUUGCCCAGUGCAGAUCCUCAUGUCAUUAGAUAUAAGUAGUCAUUCACAUCAGUUUAUUAAGCAUUUUUACAGUUAAUAUUUGACACAAUAACAUUAGUGGGGAUACGAGAUAAAUAUGGGUUUGGUAGGAUAUGAUUAUGGAGUGUAGGUUUUGUUGCACAGAGUAAAAAAAAAAAACGCUGUUCAUAUAACACUUUUCUCGGUAGUUUCUGUAAUUUUGGUGGCAUUACAGGGUAUAUUUGUAUAUGUGAUGCUAAGGUUUAUAUACAAUCUAUAACCAGUGUAUACAUACAGUACUCUUGUUAGUAGCUGUUCUAGACAAAUGCCUUUGUAGGUCGCUGACAAGAUAUGCAGUGUCAACAGCUAACACAUUGAUCGUGUACAAUAUAUUGCACCCGAUGAUUAAUUCUUCUUUGUUUGAAUCUCUUGUACAUGAUAAGGAUGUUGUAUUCUAAUGAAGGUGCAAUAUUGUUGUUGUUUUGGUUUCGUAUGGUUGGUUUCCAUUCCCUGAAG